AUGACUAGCGAUGCAGGCGCAAGACGGCGGGUGGCGAUCAUUGGUGGCGGGCCGGCGGGGCUAUCGUGUCUGUCGCAAUUGGUCGAGAUUGCGGACUUUGACGUUACGCUGUAUGAACGACGUGCUGGAUUUGGCGGGGUGUGGGUAUACGAUGCGCAACCGGGCGCGUGCGUGAUAAGGUACGACUCGUACGGUCGCGCGUUUGCGCUCUGGUCCGGCGACAGGAAGGAUGGCUCUGAUGACGGAACGUUUCGUCCGCCAGGCGCCAUGUAUGACGGAUUGCGCACCAAUCUGCCGUGCGACGUAAUGGCAUAUCGGUCACAUCCGUUCGCUUGCGGCACACCCAUGUUCCCGGAUCGCAGCACAGUGCACGAGUACAUCGAGCGAUUCGCUAGCCAACUCUUGCAACAGCCACAUGCAAAGCAUGUUGAUGUGCGACUCGCUACGGCUGUCUGCUCGGUUCGACGUACGUCUCACGAUGCAUUCCAGGCGCAGCAGAGGAUCGGCUCGGGAAGCAAGUGGCAUGUUGCCUCGACACACGUUGACAGUGGCGAGAAAAGCGAGGAUGUCUUUGACCACGUAGUGAUCGCCAGUGGCAGGUGCAACACUCCUUGGAUCCCGACCAUCGCUGGUCUGCAAAGCUUCACGGGCGAGGUGAUUCACAGCGCAUGGUAUAGAUCGCCACUGGCGUGGCAGGGAAAGACGGUCUUGGUCGUGGGCAAUUCGAGUUCUGGCUCCGACAUUGUUCGUGAACUGAGCGGCUACAUCGUGCGUACACUUCCCGAAGGUCAAGCUGCUACGAAAGCGUACAUUGACGCUUGCAACCACGCGCACGCAUCGCGCGCCAACAUUCUGCAUUCGUACCAAGACAUCGACAAGUCUCCGCCGUUGGACUUCGAUCCGCGCUCCAACGACGCGCCCGCGUGGGCAAAACGCAUCACCGUAGUCCCUCGUAUCGACAGCAUCUCGCACUCCACCGUCGUCUUCCACGGUGGACAGACGAUAGACAACAUCGACGUCAUCGUCUUCGCUACCGGGUACGUCUAUGAGUUUCCCUAUCUCGAUCAGUGUGUAUCGCCAUUCGACCGAUGUCCGCUCAUCCCACCUCCUGCGCAUCAGGCCGCAAGCGCGGCACCAGCCUCGACACCAGCGCACCGUACAGCGCCUUUCUUGACAUGGCUUGAUGAUUGGAGUCUGUUUUACGCCGUCGAUGCAUCCAUCUGCGUGUUGGGCGCGCCGAUUCGGAUCGUACCCAUGCCUUUCACACACGUUCAGUCGCGCAUCGUAGCUGCGGCUUGGUCUGGCGCCAUCCUUCCGGCUCCUGGUUCAACAGCACUCCCUCGACUCGACCCCUCGAUCCCCACCACGGAUCCCACCAAAUGGUCCACCACGCUCCCACAUUCCACCCACACCAACCACUCUUCCGAUCUAGGCUACCCCUCCGACACUGCCUACCAGAACGCCCUGCUCGGCCUCCUCCCGCCCCACCUUCAACACCCCCCCUCCACACAAGACCAACACUCCAACCAACAACAACACCUACCCCCCCACUUAUCCCAUGAGGGCUGGUCCCAAGUCGCCCCCUUUCGAAACGAGCAAAGGGCCAAUACGAAACUCCUCAGACGCUCCGCCCUCGGUUACUGA